UUUCAUUCGUAUUUCGUUGUCAUCUUUAAUCUUUCGUAAAAACCAGUCGAUUUCCGAAGUUAAUUUUUCUGAAAAAUAAUUUACUAAAAUUAUCAAGACAUAUCUCAGUUUCGAGGUGGUAAUAAUAAUGACUUCAACUGAGCCCAACGAUAGAAAUGAGGAACGCAGGCGAAGGGUCCUUUUGGGGCCUCUACCCUCUGGGUUUCUGAGGGCUGAUGGAACAACAGAUACUCUGGAUGCUGAUUAUCAAGCUGCACUUGCUCUGCAACAACAGCUGUGUGGUGCUACGAUGCCAUCAGCAGGUCCACCUCUUACAGCAAGGCUCAGCGUUACUAUUGCACAGGCUAAACUUGUAAAAAAUUAUGGUCUCACUCGUAUGGAUCCAUAUGUACGUCUGCGAGUCGGUCACUGUAUCUAUGAAACUCAAACAGACCCCAGCGGCGGUAAAACGCCACGAUGGAAUAAAGUUAUACAUUGCUUGCUGCCGCCCGGAGUCAACUCAAUUUACUUGGAGAUCUUCGACGAAUGCUCCUUCACGAUGGAUGAGCUCGUCGCUUGGACCCACAUCACCAUCCCGCAAGCCGUCUUAAACGGCGAGACUCACGAGGACUGGUACCCUCUGAACGGGAAACAGGGCGACGGUAUGGAGGGCAUGAUCAAUCUCGUUCUUAGCUAUUCUGUGGGCCCGGCCGCCGUGGCCACGUUCCCGCCCGUGCUGGUGGUGCCGAGCGCGGGGCUGGGCUACGCCGCCAUGCCCGUGUACCCGGCGCCCGCGCCGCCGCCCGCCGCGCCGCAGCACGCGCCGCAGCCGCCCGUCACCGCGGAGCAGCUGCAGCAGAUUGAAGAAAUGUUCCCCAGCAUCGAUAAGGAAGUCAUCAAAUCGGUGCUCGAAGCGAACCGCGGCAACAAGGACGCCACCAUCAACUCCCUGCUUCAAAUGUCUGAGUAGAUAUCGUAUUCCAAUACAUUAUAUUGCCAGAUAAUAAAUAAUUCCAAUCAUCGAAAGUAAAUAUGGCGGAAAUGACUGAAACGAAUAUGUCUGAGAAUAUCUGCCGUUACAUAAAAAACAUGUUAUAUUAUUGCUCUGUUCUUAUACUUUCAUAUACUAGUAUAUAAGUGAUGAAAUAAAAUAUAUAAUGUUUUCGUCACAUUAUAUUAUAUUGUCUGUAUAAAAUAUAUUUUAUUAAAAAAAAAAAAUAAGUUCGAUGAUAAAUCAGGUCAUAAUAUAUUUACUGCAAAUAUUGUUUGUAUUUACAUUACCGUUAUUAUAGCGUAUUUUAUAUUUGUACAUUUUUUUUAUACUAUUAUGGAGCAAACGAGACCGUCGACUUGAUGGUAAGUGGUCAUAUAAAAAGAUAAGCUGUUCGCUUUGAAUUAUGUAACCUUUAUGUUAUAGCCUGAAAUGAAAAAUGUAUUAACGUUGAAAAAAUAUUUCUCUUUGGAGCUGUUUAAGUAUUCCGUAAGCAGUUUUUUUAUUGUCUCGUGGGGUUGGGAGCAAUAUAAAUAAAUAUAUCAUACACAUCCGCGGUUGUCGCUGUAGCGAUGUCGUAUUCAACGGGUAUUCCCCCUGCUUCCCUUUAUCAACAAAGUUAAGAAUAUGAACCCUUAGCUUGCUUACGUAGUACUUGAACGCAAUCUAUACCCAAAGCACAGGUCUGGGUCAACUGAGGUCAGGCCACAGACGCCUUAUAACAUUGAUCGGUGAUACUUGAUAUGAUAAGUUAUUAUUUAUGUAUUUUAAAAAUAAUUAUUUAUAAAAUAAAUAACGCAUUAUUUUCUAAUAUUAAUAUCGAAAAUCGAUCUAAAAUCAUCUUUUUUAUAAUAUUCGUUCAAUUUAAAAUAUAAUGUAUAAAGAUAAGUCUUAAAACAAAAAUUAAAUGACGUAUAUCAAGCUUCGCUAGGCUUUGCUGAAAUUGUCUGUUUAAUAAAAUACUUUUUAGUAUGAAUUUACACGUUAAAUAAUGAAAUUCAAGUCCAAAUUUUAAAUGUAUUAUUUUGUAAUCUAAUAAAAAAAAAUAACUUGAAAUGGCAACACAUGGUUCUAUUAUUUUCAAGUUUGUUUUUGGUUUGAAAAUAACACUAGUAUUUUGAUUUAGGUUUAUUUAUUUUUUUUACUUCGAUAUUGUAACACUGAAUUAAUCUUAUACACUUUGUUUGUUUGACACAACAUAAUAAAUAACAUUGGAACUGUAUCUGUAGCGAGAGCGCUUGAAAGUCCUUUUCAUAAAGGGCUUAAUUAAAAAAAAAUAAAGCCAUCAGUAUCAAGAAGAGUCGACGCAUUAUAAAUUAUAGUUCAAAUAAACUCUGCUUCAUCCCUCGCUUACUCACCUCUCUAUAUUUAUGGUAGAAGCAGUGCACGGUACAAGUAAAAGCAUUUGCUUAGUAUACACUUACCCCAGUAAAUAAGUGAAUUGAAUAAUUGAUUUACCGACAGUGUAAUUGAGGUGCUAGUUAACGUUGGCAGAUAGACUAAACUAAUUUUGUUGUCGAUUCUUACGACAUUUACGCAGUGAGAUAAUAUUUAUACCAAUAUACGUGAACCACUCUUAAACACCGUCUAAAUCGAAUCAAAGAUAUUAAGAUGAAAUCAUAGACAAUUUAGUAUUUUUUAAUGAUUUGAUAUAUUGACAAUUAUUAUAUAAGUAAUUAAAAUUCUUUGAGACAAAUUAUAAAAAUUAAAGAUGCUAACCUCGAAGAAGUCUUACAUAGAUUAUAUUUAAAUCUAAAAAUAAUGAAAUAGAUUAAAUAUUCAAACAGCUAAUAUAAUAAUCGAUUGAUAUAUUUAUUUAUAGAUAAAUCGUAUUUGCAAUUAAUUUCAUUUCAUGCUUAUUUGAGAAAUAGCGAUUUAAUGUUCACUUGGUCACAUUUAGUUGUUCAGAUUAAAAAAAAAAAAAAAAAUUUAAAUGUCGAUUUUUUUCAACGGUCACGAUAUAAAAAUAGCACUAACGUUAUUUAUGGUAGAAUAUGCGACGCUUUUCGGGAAAUAGGCGCGUCGAUUUAUUUAUAUUUUUCAAUAUUUACGGCUAAUUUAGCAAUAUCAUAUUUUUGAUAUAUUUAUCUGUGAUUGUAAUUAUUUAAUUGUAAACGUUUCAUCUAUGAUAUUUUAUUAUUUAAUUUAUAAUUAUUUCUUAAUUGGGUAUUGGUUUUAUUUUCUGACGACAAAUAUCAAUAUUUGUAAUUAUGAUUAAGAUGUUAAGAUUACAUUGUUUUAUUAUUGUAUUUAUUACAAAUGUUCUAUAAAAAUAUGACAAAUAUUUAGGAUUUAUUAAAUAAGAAUAAAUAUUAUUUUCUUUUAAAAUAUUCAAAUGAAACACAAGUAGAAAUCUUCGCUUAAAACACAUAGCUGUUAUCACACUUUAAAUCACUAUGAAUGUAAUUAAAUAGAUUUUUCAUUAGUGCCUUCUCUUUUUCAUAGGCGUUUAAAUAAAGAUAUAUCGUCAAAGCCUUAUGUCAUAUAUUCCAGUAUAUAAUAUGAAAGCUUUGCGGCUGAUUUGUGCCAAAUCAAUUGCCAUCAACGAUUUGCUUGUCUAUAACUAUUGUUGUAUUCAUUUUUAAUUAUACUUACAUUGUAUAAUAAAAUUAUUGUUUAUCCACUAA